CACUCUCCUUCCCACUUCCACAGCUUUUCUCCUCUCUCUCUCUCUCUCUAGUCUCUCUUUUGUAGCUCUUCCCUGCAGCUACCUAAAACCACUGCACGUUUCCAUAGAGAGGGAAGAUGAGUCUCUCUCCGAGAGAUUUUCUCUCUAUCAUCUUAUCUUCUUCUGUGUAAUGAUCUGAGCCAAACCCACCCCCCAAAUAACAACUAUACACACGAGAAGAGAAGAUCUUAUCCUUCUUCUCAUUCUUGAGUUCAUCUCCACAAUGGCGAUCCCAAAGGAGGAAGAGACUAGAGAAGAGCAGAGCAAUUCGUUUCUUCUUGAUGCUCUCUACUGCGAGGAAGAAGAGCAAUGGGAAGACGAAGAAGACCAAGUUGAAGAAAACUCUUCCUCUUCUUCUUCUUCUUCUUCUCCGUUCGUUCUUCUUCAGCAAGAUUUGUUCUGGGAAGACGAAGAUCUGGUCACUCUCUUCUCCAAAGAAGAAGAACAAGCUGGACUCAGCAGCUGUCUCGAUGACGUUUAUCUCUCCACGGAUCGGAAAGAAGCUGUGGGUUGGAUUCUGAGAGUCAACGCUCAUUAUGGCUUCUCUACUCUGGCUGCUGUUUUAGCCAUAACUUAUCUCGAUAAGUUCAUCUGUAGCUACAGCGUACAGAGAGACAGACCGUGGAUGCUUCAGCUCGUCUCUGUCGCUUGCCUCUCUCUAGCUGCUAAAGUCGAAGAAACUCAAGUCCCUCUUCUUCUAGACUUCCAAGUGGAGGAGACAAAGUAUGUGUUUGAGGCCAAAACCAUACAGAGAAUGGAGCUACUGAUCCUGUCUACUCUCGAAUGGAGGAUGCAUCUCAUCACUCCAAUUUCGUUCGUAGACCACAUUAUCAGGAGAUUGGGACUUAAGAACAAUGCUCACUGGGAUUUCCUCAACAGAUGCCACCGUCUCCUCCUCUCUGUAAUCUCCGAUUCAAAAUUUGUCGGGUACCUCCCAUCAGUAGUUGCCGCAGCUACCAUGAUGCGAAUUAUAGAACAAGUUGAGCCCUUUGACCCUCUUUCAUACCAGACUAAUCUCCUCGCUGCCCUUAACUUAACCAAGGAAAAGGUGAAAACUUGCUACGAUCUAAUCAUCCAACUAGACCGCAUCGGUUUACAGAUCCUAAACCAAUCUUCCCGUAAACGUAAGAGUCACGAAUCAUCAUCAUCACCAUCAUCGUCGUUGAACAGCCCAAGCUGCGUGAUCGAUGCAAACCCUUUCAAUAGCGACGAAAGCUCAAACGAUUCGUGGUCUUUGAGCUCGUACAACAAUCCAACAUCGUCGUCGUCACCUCCACUGCAACAACAACAACAACCUCCAUUAAAGAAGAUGAGAGGAGCUCAAGAGAAUGAUAAGAAGAAGCCGAUUUUGCAUCUACCAUGGGCAAUCGUUGCCAGUCCAUAAUCGAAAGCUCGAUUUCGUUUUUUCUUUUUUCCCGUUUAUAUAUAUAUAUAUUAUUACUGUUUUGUAAACUUUGAGAACAAAUCUUUGUAUUAAGCUUUCCCCGUUUGCAUAUACGAAAUGUCGCGAAUGCCCUUACUUGCCAUGGCUUGGUAGAGCAAAUGGGUGGAGGGUAUUCAUGACAUUUGACUGCAUGGGAUGUGAUGAAGAGAGGAAUUAGAAAUAAUAAUAGUC